UAAUAAAUGAACCUUUGACAAUAUCCAAGGCAGGAUUACCUAAAAUUUGGCAUUCUUAUUAUUAUCUUUGCUGAAAUCUGGUUGAUUAAAUUAAUAAGACUUAUUUCUAUCUCUAAUUUUAUAGUUCGUCUAACUAAUCAAAGAUGAUCACAUCAGAAGAAUCAGAAACAAUUUUUACUAAACCAUUAAUAGGUAUUGUUUACAAUUUCUUACCGUGAAAAUCGUAUCUGUCACAACAAUGAAAAUUAGCAAGGUAAAAGUAUUUUCCGCUUGGGCAGGUUAAUAAUUAUUUGUAUUGCUAGGUUGGAUUGGUGCUAGGAGAAAAUUCUGUUUUUAUUACUUUCUAUUCAAUUUCUUAUAAGCAUUUAAAAACACGAAAUGA